UCAUCUCUCAUCUACCAAUUUGCAUGUGGCCAUUUUUAAACAAAGAGUUUUAAAUUACCAUAUUUCCAAUGAACGUAGUUUAUUUUUUAAUUUUUUUUAUAUGAACAUAGAGGAAAGAAAAUGUGCAAACAGAUGUUUUCCACGGUGCAGAUAUUUUUCUCUGACUGGGGUUACAAGCCAUCAGUGAUUCUCUUUUUAAUACCCAGAGCUUUCAACACAUACUUCCUCCUGUUGUCUUAUAGUACACGUUACUAUACUGUAUAAUUUUACAGUUAUGCUGCCCUCUACCACAGCAUAACUGUAAAAUCGUCAAUAUGACCUAAUGGAGUAUGAAUAACAAUAAGUUUUUGGCAGCAAUCCCAGACUCCUAUUGUCAAACGUGAUAAAGCAGGUGAUUUCACAGUAUACAAGUAAGUAUAAGUAUAAUAAAAGUUAAUUCACAAAUUUUCAAAAUUAAUAAGUUUGAAUAUAUAUAUAUUUUUUCAGUUUUUGCCACAUCUGUCUGUAGGUAACACAAAAACAUGUCUUUACCAAGUUGAGGUGGAUAAUAAAUGGCUUUACUUUGAAAACCACUGACAGGACGUCAGAGCUCUCUCUCCAACUUCUGUUUCUGGGCGGUGCGCUCCACAGGUAGUGGCAUGAGAUCAGACGAAGGCGAGAAGACAGUAAUCACAAUUAUAGCCUGCAAGUCAAGGGGGCAAUAACAUUCGGGGUGAUUACUUUGUGUAGACACACACACCGUUGUAUGGCUGUAGUCCUCCUCUGAAACAAUGAGGCUACUCAAACAGCACAGGCUGCUGCUGAAGGCCGUUGUUGCACUGGGAUCCCUGUGGAUGCUUUACCUAAUCAACUUCUCGAAAACUGGCUGGAAUCCCACCUUCGCCUUUGGGUAUAGCUGGUUGGAGUACACAGAUGCUGAUGGCGGCCCUGAGAGGGUGUGCAACUGUCCAGGGAUCCUGCAGGGAAAGAGGGAGGCACUGGAGCAGGCCAAGCUCCUGACCAUCACUAAAGCCUUCCAGGACAGCAUUCACACCCCCGAUGAGUAUUACAUCACAGCAACCCAAAACUGCAUGAAUUUUAGGAUAAGGAGGAAAUACUUGACUUUCCCAUUGAGCAAGGAGGAAGAGGACUUCCCAAUAGCUUACUCGAUAGUUGUGCAUCACAAGGUGGAAAACUUUGAGCGACUGCUGCGAGCCAUUUAUGCACCCCAGAAUAUAUACUGUGUCCAUGUGGACAAGAAAGCUGAGGCUUCAGUCUUGUCUGCCAUUAAGGCCAUCACUUCCUGUUUCUCUAACGUCUUCAUGACCAGUCGGACUGUGAGCGUGGUCUACGGCGGCUGGUCCCGCGUCCAGGCGGACCUGAACUGCAUGGCUGACCUUUAUAGCGCCAGCAAAAAAUGGAAGUACUUCAUCAACCUCUGUGGCCAGGAUUUCCCUCUGAAAACCAACCUGGAGUUCGUGAGGAUGCUCCGCGCGCUCACCGGCGGGAACAGCUUGGAGUCCGAAACGAUGCCUCAAGGGAAGAGGUGGAGGGUGACGAACGUUCAUGAGGUCGUAGAUGGCAAAAUAAAGAGGACAGGAAAGCCGAAGACGCCUCCCCCCUUCAACCUGCCCCUCAUGUCAGGAAACGCCUACAUAGUUGUUUCCCGGGGCUACGUGCAGAGCGUGUUGAAGGACUACCGCAUCCUGGCGCUGAUCCAGUGGGCCAAAGACACCUACAGCCCUGACGAGUUCCUCUGGGCAACCAUUCAGCGGGUGCCCGGCGUGCCCGGCGCAACGAGGCCCAACCAAAAAUACGACAUGACGGACCUCAACGCCAUCGUGCGGCUGGUCAAGUGGCAGUGGCACGAGGGGUCGGAGGAUUCGCCCCAGGCCGUGUACCCGGAGUGCCAAGGCAGCCACGUCAGGGAAAUCUGCGUGUACGGUGCCGGAGACCUGCCGUGGCUGCUGGAGCACCAUCAUCUCUUCGCCAACAAGUUCGACACGGAGAGAGACCCUAUUGCCGUCUACUGCCUGGAGAAGCAUCUGAGGCAAAAGGCGCUGUCUGAGUCAUAUUAGGCGCACGUCACGCGUAAUGACGGCAGAUAAACGUAUCGCAUUUUCAGUGUCACACCAAAUUCCACAAUGAAUGAUAAGGACACAGUGAUGGAACCGGCCACCAAAGGUCAGUGUGUCCAGGUUACUGCCUGCCGACCUCUAAUCUAAUCUAUGAUGUUUAGUAUAAAAAGCACUUAAUAACCUGGUUUUAUUCAUGUUGGGCACCCAGCUCAAAGCAACUAAAGCUUUUUCCAUCAUCCAAUCCAGCAUAGCUUCUAGAGAUCCUCACACGCUGCUGCCUCCAUCCUCAAACACUGGACAUUCUCUCCACGAAGUGACUGGAUGUCUUAGCUGCCGCUCUCAUCGCGCUAAGGUUCCUCCAUGUACGAGGUUUAACUUUCAUAGUUGUUGGGAUACGUGACACCCCGGCUUGAGUUCAGGGCGUCUAACCAUGACACCAGCAGAGACGGAGAGCUGCUGACCUCUGACCUCUGACCUGGGGAUGACCUGUGCACCUGAUGAACCAAAUGUGCUGGGAUGAGCUCCUGCCUAUUUAUACAUCUUUAAUCAUU